AUGGAUGAGCUUAAAUCCUGGCUCUCGCGCCUCCCUGCCCCCACCGACUUGGUCAUUCUCAUUGACACUCGACUCAUCCUCAGAAUCCCCAACCUUGACUUGAAAUUCCGUCCUCACGCCUCUGCCCACGCCCCGGCGCUGCUCUCGACUGACAGCGCUACCGGGAGGCCCACUCUCAUCGGAGGCAUUUCCAUCCUCUCUUUCAACAAGGCCAUCUCACUGUCAUCCCCGCUCCCCUCUGCAGACGGCAGGCUUAUCACGGUACAUCUCAACUACCUCCGUGAGCAAAUCCGCCUCAUUGCCAUAUACGCGCCCACACAAUUCUACGAGCGUCGAAUAUGGUGGACCACCAUGCUCGUUCCGGCACUGGAAACCCCCACCGCUGCAUCCGCGACCAUGCUCGCCGGAGACUUCAACUCUGUUAUCCUUCCCAUUGACAGAAACCGUCCCCUCAAAGAUUACGAAUGCCGAGAAGGAGCCUCAUUUGCCAAGCUCAUGGACAACCACGCGCUGGUCGACACUUUCCGUGAACUCUCCCCCUUACCCACCGACGUCUUCUCCUUUUAUGGCAGGCAACGCUUAAACUCAGCGACCCCGCCCACAUCCUCCCGCCUUGACAGAAUUUACAUUUCCCGAGCCUUCCUUCCCCGUCUCGCCGCUAGUCCGUACAUGCAAACCCGCACGACAAUCACAGAUCACCUGUAUGCCCCUCUCUGCUCGCUGGGUUUCACCAACCCCACGGUCGCCCCCCGGCCCUGGCGACUCCGCCAACAUCUCCUCAUGCGCCCCCGCGCUGCACAAAUCAUCGAUGCCUCCCUUGCAGCCUUCCCCUCCUCCCCUUCCCCCGACUCGUGGGACAGGUGGAAGCUCGACCUCACCCUUAACUUCAAAAGAUUCUCCAACCUGGAGAGACACCGCGUCGACAGCACGAUCGCGUAUCUGGAGCGCACCAUUGGCUCACUACAGUCGCAAGCAGCGUAUACGCCUCUGGACCAGAACGAAUCCUCCCGCCUAAGCCAAGCACGGCUCCACCUGGCCAGAUACGAAGCCUCGAAAGCCUCCGAAAUUGCGCUCAAGGCCAAGCUGAAAGUUGAAGGGCACAGAGAAAUGGGAGUCUCCUCCCUCCUCUCCGGACUCAACUCGCGCAUCAAAGGCUCGAUCAUCAACUCCCUCACCCUACCCAAUGGGCAGACAACCUCGGACCUACCCACCAUGACCAACGUGUGUUCUAGCUUCUUCCGAACCCUCUACAGUGGAUGCAACCCCGCCACCCCUAACCCAUCUUUCUGGCAACAUAUCCCUCCCUCAUCCAUCCCGAACCCCUUACUCUGCCGUCUCGGCGCCCCCCUCUCCCUAGCCGAAAUCGGGAAAGCACUCCUCUCUCUCACACGGGGAAAAACCCCUGGCCCAGACGGCCUCCCUGGGGAGCUUUUCCGACAAUUCUCCCCUCGAUUCGCACCGGCCUUCCACUCCCUGCUCUCACCACCACAGCCACUUUCCAGCCUCCCUCCGUCCAUGCUGACCGGACGAACUGUCCUUAUCCCAAAAAGAGGGGACUCUUCGCUAGUGGAAAACCUCCGCCCCAUCACCCUGAUGAACGCUGAUUACAAGGUACUUGCGCUAUGCCUCGCUAACCGCCUUCAACUCGUCCUUCCCCAGCUCAUCCACCCAUCCCAAACUGCCUUCAUCAAGCACAGGAAAAUCGGAGACACCAUUAACGAUACCCUGGACAUCAUGGACUGGGCAGCCUUCUCCUCGUCCCCCCUUCUCGCUCUUACGGUGGACUUUCGCAAGGCCUACGACCUCGUCGACAGGUCUUUCCUCCUCCAAGCCUUAUCAGUCCUGGGGCUCCCCGCACCUUUCAUUCACUGGGUCCGGUUAAUGCACUCCGACACGUACACAUGCAUCUCGGUUAACAACAUGCUCGGUCCCACCUUCCCCGUCCGCACCGGUGUUCGACAGGGUUGCCCAUUGGCUCCCUUGCUCUUCGUUUGCGUCAUGGAGAUAUUUCAUCGCUACAUGUCCCUCUUCCUUCCCGGUUUCGCCUUGUCCUCCGCACAGCGCCGCCUCAUGGCGUGCUACGCAGAUGACGUCACUCUCUUUCUCACCUCAGAUACAGAGCUCGGUCACGUUGUAGUGCUGCUUGGCGUCUUUGGAUCGGUCUCCGGUGAAUGCAUCCUCACCGAACCUAUCGCCUUCAACCGCUCGCUCCUCAAAUCCGACAACCGGCCUUUCGGAACCCGCCAACACGAGCGCUUCCUCCUUAUAGGGCAGUUCCGCAUCGGUCACAUUGUCCGAGUCAACAGCACCCAAGUCGAUACCAUCUCUGCAGAAGAAUUUUGCUCCCUAGUCCCGGAGGAAUUCCACGACGACGCAACUCGCAUCCUCCCAGACCUCAUCAAGGCUAUCAAACCUCCAUGGUGGGCUGCCCUCCGAACCCCACACGCCUCUUCCGCCUCGCCAGGAGACUGGUUUAUGCCUACGGACGACCAUUAUUCCAUCUCUCAUCUCGCCCUCCAAGUUGUCGCCUUCAUUCCCCCCUCCUCCGUCUCGGCUACUGUCCACCACGUCUCGCCAAACAAGCGCAUCGCCCGCACCCCAGCAGACACCGGACUCUUCCGCUUACAAGACCUCGUAGAGGUGUACGUCAGGGAUUGGUGGCUCGCAGGGCCACUUCACAUAGGGGCAGGGCUAGGAGCUAGGUUAGAACUCCUACAGGACGGCACCCCCAGCAUCGCCGACAUCCGUCGUCUCCUCUACUCUGCACAACCGCUAACUCAUCACCUCCGAUGGACCCGCGACCUCACCCUUCCUCCUCCUCCUCUCCCUGGCCUUAAGGACUCAUUUCUCAGGGACCAGCCUAGCCGCCAGAGGGACAUCCUUUUCAGACUCUACACACUCACCCUCCCCUCAGGGUCACGCUUCCAGUACUUUGACGAUCGGGGGAUCUUUUCCGCCGCCUCGUUUCCCCGACUCCCCCCUUUCCCCCUUCCCCCCCAUUUUCCCCUCUCCCCUAUCCAUACUUCUCCAACCCUGCUUUUCCCUUCUCCUGACCACGCCCCUCCUUCCUGCCCGCGCGUUUCACCGCCCCUCUUCCCCUCAUUUCUUUCCCCUUCCCCCCGUCCCCCACCCCCCCCUCCUCCCCCCAUUUCCCCCGUGCUUGACUCUCCCCCUUCCACUCUCCCCCUUCCGCCCUCCUCCCUCCUCUUCCCCCCCUUCCGCUUUCCUCCUUCCGCCAUGGUUUCUCGUCCUGCCGCCGUUCCACAUCCCCGCCCUUGUGGCCUAGUUCUGAGACCAUCCGCCUGUAGCGCAGUGCCCAACUUUGCGCUGCUACAGCCGAGGCAUCUCAAAAGCGUGUCAAGAAAUGCGGGCAUGGGGUAUGACGGCGGGUGCUCUCCCCUUCCUCCCCCCAUGCCCUCCUGCCCCCCCCUCCCCCAGCCUACGCCUCGUAUGAUGGCUGGUCGGAGCAUGGGGUAUAGCAGCAGGUGUGACUGCUGGAGUGUUGACCUGAACGUGGACUGGCGCGAGCUGCAGGGCGUGCAAGGCGUGCGCAACGAGGGGUGUGGUGUGGUGCGGUGUGCUGCUUCCUCGUCCUUACUCUUGUUCGUUUUUGCUUGUGCCGCCCGCUUUUCUCCCCGCUCUCCCUGCCGGUCCCUUUCCCCCAUGGCAGAGGCAUCAUGGCCGAUCGCAGCAGAGAACGCGGUGGGAGUGAGAGUGACUGCGGCUAUGAUUGCGAUUCUUGAGACCAGAGGCAUCAUGGGGGAUGGCAGCAGUGAGCGCGGUGGAGAGGCGUCAUGGGCGAUCGCAGCAGUGAACGCGGUGGAAGUGACCAUGGCUAUGGUUGCAGACCAGCUAGAGUCGUACGACAGUGCCUUCAACAUCUCCGUGCAGCAGGUGGUGGACUGCGAGCCCAGCAGCAGCAGCUGCAAGGGCGGGUGGCCCACAUCAGCGCUGGACUACAUGGUGGAUGCCAGUAACGACCUGGGGGGGCUUGUGCCGCAGCUGCAGUACCCGUACAAGGGCAAGCAGGCCAAGUGCAACGCAGGCAAGAUCGCCACAUCGUCCACGCCACUGGGUCUGGCGCGGUACGAGCAGGUGGACUUCUAUGGGUGGAUCGGGCUGCUGCUGGCCGUGCAGGUGCAGCCGGUCAUUGCCUUUGUGCGCGGUAGCUUCCCCUCCUUCCAGAAAUACAAAUGGGGCGUCUAUGGCGAUCCCAGGUGUGCGGCAGCAGGCAUUGUGGACCAUGCAGUGCUGGUGGUGGGGUAUGCGUUCACGGGGCCAAAUGGGCAGGGCAACUGGAUCGUGCGCAACUCGUGGGGUACCAAGUGGGGCGAGCAGGGCCAUAUGAGGAUGGCUUUCGCAGGAAGCGUUGGCAUCUGCGGAAUCCAUUCCGUGCCAGCUAUUUACCCCAUCGUUCAGGUGCCAUCGCCCUGUGACUCGCCUCAGAAGCCCUGUGGGGGCGGCGUGUGUGUGCCUGAGGAGGGCGGCUACUCUUGUCAGUGUCCGGCGGGCUUUGUCAGUUUCACCAACGACGACGGCAUGCAGACGUGCGCUCCACUGGACGCAUGUGGCACGCAGGCGUCCAACCCAUGCCUCACAGGCACAUGCAUCAACGACAAUGCGGGCGGCUACUUUUGUCUUUGCCCCCCGGGAUAUGUGAAGGGCAGCCUCACACUCGGAUGGGAUACCUGCACGCCCUCCACCGACCCCCCCACGACGCUCACCUUCCCCGUGGAUGUGGACUGCCCGCUCGUCUACCAGCUCUACGGCCUCACAGAGGAGGCGUUUCUCGCUCAGAACUCCGAGCUG